AAAUUUUGGUCAGUUUGGUGCAAAAUUUAUUACCUGUCGCAUACAGUGUGCACUUAGAGGUCGUCGAAGAAAGUUGUAAUUCGUAGUACGAAUUGUUUUUUUUGGGCAAAAGACGAAAAAUUUGGGAAAAUCUCAAAGUUUUUAAAAGUUUUGAAAAAAAAAAGUUUUUGUGUUUAAUUUUGGGUGGAAUCGACAAUGAAAAUUAAGGAUCGCAAAUAUUUUGUGGAUAUUAAAACUGAAACCAUGACAGAUACCACAUCAUACUCUCAUCCAAUGAAAAAAUCUUACCAACCUCUGGACCUAUCAGUUCGAUGUGAUUCCGUCGAUACGUAUAAAACAUUGUCACCGUACAGUACCGGCAGCGGUUCACCGCCUAUGGAAACUUCGCCAGACAAAAACAAUCAUGAUCGUUCUGCCACGUAUUCCGAUCAUUCUCUACAAGAAUCUUCAUAUCCACCGUUUCUGAAAGAUUUUACCAAUACGUAUCCAUGCCAGAAACGCGACUCACCAUCACCGGAUCAAUUAUAUUAUACUAAGCAACACAAUCAGCCAACAUGCAAUAUAGCGCCGUACAUGUUACAAGCAGCAGCGCUACAGCAACGUCUUUCACAGCAUACCCCGCCAGCUGAAGAUGAUUCGUCGGAGACAUUGAACAAGCAAAUGGGCAAUUCGUAUCCGUACCAAAUGAUCGUCGGACGGGAUGGAAAAUUAUCCCGACCGUUUAAAGCUUAUCCGAGAGAUCCAUUUAGUAUGGCUUCGUUGUCGCUUGUGAACAGCCAGUCAGCGGAGAAAUUCGAAAUGUUUCGUAUGAAAAUGUUGAAGCACAUACACGCUGCAAAUGGUGGUCAGCCGACCGUAUCAAAUCCGAAAAUGCGACGAACAUCAUCGAGAGCUGAAAGUACCAGUAAUUUGGACAUUGAGACAAUCACAAAUAACAAUAACUCCGACUCAUCGACCAGUGGUGUUAAGGAUAGCGCAUACUAUGAACGACGAAAAAAGAACAAUGCUGCGGCUAAGAAGUCAAGAGAUCGCCGAAGGAUCAAAGAAGACGAAAUAGCGAUCCGAGCAACGUUUUUGGAAAAUGAAAACCGCGAAUUGCAAGCUGAACUCAUUUCGUCCAGAAAUCAGAUCACCGAAAUGAAAAUGGAAAUAGCUACACUUCAUAAGAAAAUGGCUAUGCAAGGUGCGGGACAGUGAUUUCCAAAGAAAUAUAUAUUUGGUUUGUCGAUGUGUCGGUCGAGAUUGUGAUUUAGUCUUAAAAAUAAUUAGGUUUUAACUUUUAACCCGAUGAUUAAUGGUUUUAAUUUUUAAUUCACUUUGAUCGGGCGUGUGAUUCUUAUUCUUGUCGAUUUUCAAAUUGUAUACAUUAAUGCAGGUAAAAAUCGAACGAAUAACUGUAAUUUUGGUCUGUACAAAUAAAUAUUUUAUUUUGACGCUUUAAA